UAUUUUUUUUUAAGACAAAUAGAGUAUAUUCCAGCUGUAGGUGUUGAAAUUUAUUUUACAACGAACUGAAAAUGAUUGCUCAAUCCCUGUCUGUGGUAGUAUUACUGUUUUUUGUGCAUAACACUAAUACCUUACCAUGCUCUGACAAAUUCAAUGCAACUGGAGAAUCGUCAUCAAGUUAUUUGCAGCCUUUAUCGUCACAUGACACUGCCAUUUUAAACCAGUCGGGUGAUUUUUAUCCCGACAGAUGGUUUAAACGUUAUCAAACACUGCUGUGGAAAAAACUUUUUCAAAAUAUCACAAAAGAGGCUGUCGUUAUUCAUAUCUUUGGAUUGCGUCACAACAGUAAUGUAAAUUCGAGAGCAAGAAUUCAUGACGUAAAGAUACAGAAUGUUACCUUUAACGAGACGUGCGAUCCCUCCGUUCUGUCCUCAAUGAAUAAAGAUAUUCAGGAUAAUUUUUUCGAUAAACAUUUUACAGCGGAUAGCGUAAAAAAAGUAAAAUACAAAAUGAAAGAUGAUAUCUUCACGUUGAAUGAAUUCGAUAUCACUUUUGCCAUAAAUGAUCAAAUCAGUUAUAUUGUCACAUCUCCUUGUAACUUCGUCACAGGAUCAGGUGGGAGUUUGCAGUUAUCUGUAGUUGGUUAUGUCAAUUACUGCCCCUUUGAACUAGUCUGUGGAAAAGUGAAGAAAUACGUCAGACUAGAACAUACGAAAUGUCAACAAAGACCAGUACUUUAUCCAACGGAAGGAGAAGAAGACAGACUUAAACAAAAAAAACAUACGUUAUCAUUACCUUUCUUAAUGUUUUCAAAACCCUCGGAUCAUAUAUUCGUUAAUAGAAACGGUGUAAUAUCAGUGUCCUCUAUAUCCGUUGGUAAACCAUCCAUAAAUGGCAAGGAUACAGUGAUGGCUGUUUAUAACAUGGAAACACCAUUCAAAGACGGAAUCAUAAAUUCAUACCAUAUGAAUCAAUCUCAUCUUUUAAAAGCAGCAAAUAAGGACAUAUCACGAUACUCUCUCAAAUCAUUUUUUGCCAAUCAAAUCAUUGUUGUAAACUAUAUUGGUGUGAAGUAUCAGUCAAAAGCACACACGUUCCAAGCUGUCUUUGCAACAGAUGGAAAUCAAACUUAUGUUAUAUUGAACUACUACCGACUUGAAAGUAAUGGUGCAACCGUUGGAUUUUCCGAACGCGCAUGUGGGCACCGUUUGUAUUAUAAUAGUACUAAAAGUAAGUCAUUAGCUCAUACGUCAAACGUUGGAAUGCCCGGAAGACACGUCCUGUUAUUGACAACUCGCUGUGCAAAAGCAGAACUAUAUCCCUAUGGAAAUUCUUCUGGCGAUGUAAUGCUGGAAAAAUGUGAAUCUUGCAUACGUACUGUUCCUUUCCGCCAGCCAUCUCUCUUUAACAACAUGUUAGUUUUUACCCAAACAAGUGGAUUUGCUGUGCAACUGUUACACCGAGAUGGUUCAAACAUUUUCAUCUUCCCUUUUUACAAUUUCGAUUCCAUAUCAGUUUCAAUUGCUGAUAGCAUUUACUACAGAGAAACAAACGAAACAACGCUAAUUUCAGAAAUAAAUUCUGACAUAAAGCUGGUUUACGCGCAUGCGCCAAAUAUGAGCCGCGCAAUCAUUAUAACAUUUAAGGACGUACACGUUAAUACAUUUCCUACUCAUAACAGCACAUAUCAAAUAGUAAUCGCUCAUGACGGGUUAAAACAAAGUUACCUAUUUCUAACAUACGAUUAUUUAAACACGUUUGGGGAAAUUUCCGAAGCUGCAAUCCUUCUGCAAUGCUCUGUGAUAAAUGUUAAGUUACUUUACAACUACGGAAAUGCAGUGUAUCUAAUGAGUAACACGAAUAUGAACAAGCUUGGUAGAUAUAUAUUUCAUUCCAGUGGAAGAGACGAAUGCAAAGCAGGAUGCUCUCCUGUACACGGGGCGGCCAACUUGUUUAUGUUAAAAGACGUCGACUUGCAGAGAUUUGCAAGACUGAAAAAUUUUGAAGAAGAUAUAAAAAUGCAAAUUCUGGGAAAAGUUUACGGAAACAUUACUGAGAAACUUUACAUAACGAUUUUUGGAAAUUUACCAAAUCGGCAUCAAGGUUUCAAACGUUUUUACAAUCUCACUGUAACAAAAAUGGCAUACACUGAAAGUUGUAACCUGAAUCAACUUUAUGUUAUUAAAGAUGCAAUUAAUACUAUCCAAAACAACGCUGAUUUCCAACCUACAAAGUUUGUAUUGGUUUCGUAUAAUAUACAGAAGAUUUGGUCUCCCCUUGAUGUCAUUUUUGCAUUGCAUGGCCAUUUCACUAUUGUUUUGAUACAUCAAUGCCCCAAAACGAAUGUAACUAUUAAUACCGUUGGGUAUUUCAAAAGUUGUUCCUUCUUAUUGGCAUGUUUUAAUGAAAGCAGUCAUCCGUUUGCAAUCUUAGACCAUUCCACAUGUGCACGAAAAGAUCUUAUAUUGUAUCCUUAUGACACAAGAACGUACCAAGACGACAAAAAUCAAGCAGAAGUGAAAUUUGCGUGGCACAAACCUUUUUUGUUGUUUUCAACACCUGCUAAAAGUAUGAUAAUUGGAGAUGGAUAUUUGGAGAUACGUUCAAAAAGCAAAUCUCGACCGACAUCUGAGAAGAGAAUAUUAGAUGUUUAUCGUUUACGUGACUUGCAAAUGAAUAACUUAUCUGACGAUUUUAUUGAAAAAAAGAAGAUCAUUUACGAGUACUCCAUUAAACCUAAUUUAUUGUCAGCUGCUAGCAAAGACAUUUCUAGCUAUUCGUCAGAAAGCUUUUCAGCUAAACAUCUUCUUAUAGUAACAUUUGCUGUUCUUAAAAAAGUCGACGGCAGCCAGUUUACUUUUCAAGCAGUAAUUGCAUCAGAUGAAAGGGAAACGUAUGCAAUCUUGAAUUAUAAAGAGCUCGGUGGUCGCGCCAUUUCUGUCGGUUAUGAGGAGCCCCUUUGUGGAAAAGGAAGGUUCUCUAAAGCAGAAUUCAGUCAAGCGUUAGUUAAUACAUCAAAUAUAGGAAUCCCAGGAAGACAUGUGUUUCCCUUGACUUCGUUUAAUUGCACAAGAGCAGCAUUCUAUCCAUAUGGCAUUGCGGAAGGCGACAGGGCGCUGGAGAGAGGUGAUAAUGUCGCUGAAUCAAUCUUAUUGAAUACGCCUCUUCCACUUAAGACGAAACAAGUUGAAAAAAUAUAUGUCACAUCAAAUGGCUUGAUAUCAAUGGAACAUGCCAUUCAAUCUUCCGUUCAAUAUACCCACUAUGUUCAAUAUCCAUAUUCAAUUAUCGCUUCGUAUUACAUGGAUUUUGAUACCAGCUUCAGUGGCGUAAUCUACUAUAGACAAACAAAGGAUAAAGUUAUCACUGGUCAAGCAAAACAGGAUAUAAAAAAUGUCUAUCAUUUAAAUGUGGAUAUCGGUAAUGUUGUCAUUGUAACCUAUGUUGACGUACCAAGGCGUCAGUCUCCUUUACACAAACAUACAUUCCAAACAGUGAUCGCUUAUAACAAUAACAAUCAAACUUUUUUGAUUUUAAACUACAAAAAACUAGAUACACCUAGCACAUUAGUGAUGUUUUCGGAGUACCCAUGUUGUAAGAUAAAUAUAACAUCGAAGUUUGACUACGACGUGACUACCUAUCUUACAGACCAUACAAAUGCAGAUGGAUUGGGAAAAUAUGUCAUUCAAAUCACUAAUAGCACGCAGGAGAAGUGGGCAAAUAAUAAACGUAAGAAAAUCUCCGAAUUAAUUAUUGGCUACGAUUUUGUUCGCAUCAGAUGGAAAAUAGAGGGAAAUAGCACAGCUAUCAUUACAAUGAACAUCAUUGGUCAAUGGCAAGUCACAUGGGUUCGUUUUCAAUGCAAGGAAGUCACAAGCUAUGAAUUUGAAGACCUCUACCAAACGAAUGUUUACAGAAUUGAACUGAUGGACACUAGUGGUAGCCUUCCUGCUUUGAUCGAAGUUUCUCCUGCCAAAUUUGAACCAGUUAAUAAUGUUUACAUAACACAAGAUGGUGAUCAAAUGGUGUUACAUUGGACAACACCUACAAGACUGUUUGGAAAUGAUACUGCAUCAAAAACCAUAAUUACACAUUGGAGCAAGGAUCGUCAUCAUGUAUACAACCAGACUUUUAUAAAAUCUAUCUAUGAAAAGCAGUAUUUAUUCAAUGCCUCAACCGGCUCAAAUCACAAGCUUACAAUCGUUCUUUCAACAGCAAAUGGCCAACUUAGUCCCGCAAGAAUAAUUUUUUAUACAUUUUCUGAGCCACCUAAAAGUUCCCAGGAUUACACAAUCAUCAUAAGUGCAACUGUCUCUUCGUUGGUUUUCAUAACAUUUGUGUUAGCUGCAUGUUAUUAUCGAAGAAAAAAUCAAAAUAAAAAUAAAUACUUACAGCCACAAAUAAAACAACCGGUUGAUUUUGGCCGCAGCAUUCGAGAACAAAGUAGCAAUUUAAGCUAUGAUUCAAAAUACGAAUUUCCAAGGACACACAUCUCUCUGAUUAAAGUCAUAGGAGAAGGAGAGUUUGCACAGGUAUGGAUAGCGUCAGCUAAGGGAAUAGAGAAAUUUCACCCACGAAAAGACAGAACUGAGAAAUUGGUGUCGAGAAAAGUAACUGGAAUUCACCAGAACAAUAUUGUUGUUGCUAAAACCCUGAAAGAAAAUGCUACAGAAAAGGAUCACAAAGAUUUAGCUAACGAGCUUAAGCUUCUAAUUCAUAUUGGCGAACAUAGAAACAUUGUCAAUUUGGUUGGAGCCUGCACCAAAGCUGAUAAUAUUUUGUUAUUGACGGAAUACUGUGAAAUGGGAAGUUUAGCUAAAUACUUGCGCUUGAAUAGAGAUUAUUUUGAACCCACAUGGCAUCGCAAUGGGAAAGAAGAAUUUAAUUGUUAUCAAGUCACAUGGAUUGCAGUACAAGUAGCAGAUGGUAUGAGCUUUCUUAAAGAGAGAAAGUACGUCCACCGUGAUCUUGCGGCUAGGACUGUAUUUCUAACCAAAGACAUGCAUGCAAAAGUUGCUGAUCUUGGACUGAUGAAGAACGCACCUGAUAAUGAUUACUAUAAGAGAGAAUACGUUGAUAAAUUACCGAUCAAAUGGAUGGCACCGGAAAGUAUUUUAGAGAAGAAAUUUACUACCAAAAGUGAUGUUUGGUCAUUUGGUGUUUUGCUCUGGGAAAUUUACUCUCUUGGUGCUCUUCCAUAUCCAGAUAUUCAAGAGAGUAAAGAUUUGUUAGCUUACUUGAAACAAGGUUCACGCAUGUCACAACCAGUGGAAUGCGCAAAAGAAUUUUACGACAUUAUGUUAGAAUGUUGGUCAUUUUCGGUAGAUUCAAGACCAUCAUUCAAUGAAAUACGAAACGAUUUAGAUCGACUUAUGGUGAAAAAGAAACGAGUACUUGACAAUCAAAGAUCUGUUAAGGCAACACCAACACUAAAGAACGAUCUAAAUGAAAGGUAUGACUAUUCGUCUGUGGGUAAAUCAUUGUAUGAUGAAGUCUUCCACGCAGAUCGAAAAAGCGCACAUCUGUCAUUAAAUUCUGGAGAAUUUACAACAGACAGAAAAGCUGCUACCUCCGAGAUAGAGAGUGCAAAAAACCAACCUGAAUAUGAUUAUGAAGGAAACGAUAAUGCGUACCUUAUGUUAACUCCGGACGAUUGCGGAGAUGAACAGAUGGGUGAAGCGAUGAAAGAGUUUAACAACACCAUACUGGAUUUUGUUGGUGAUGAAGUGAUGGAAAAAAAAAGCAAAGAAAAAACGCCAAAAGUCAAUUCGAACGAAAAACACCAUGAGUACGUUAAUAUUGUGCAACAUCAUUCAGCAGAGAACAGCAAUGAUAGUAAAUAUAAAAACCCUGAUGAAGAAAAUUUCGAUGAGCACGAUGAUGAGUAAAAUAAAUUUGUCAUGAACACAAAAAGUUACCCAAGAGAAUUUUCUUCACAAACUCUCGCACGUAUUAUAAUUUUAAGCUCUACUAUGCAAAAUGUACAAAAAUAUGUUAUUGAAGAAUUUUUAAUGACGUUUUAGCUAUUAAUAUCGGCCAUUAUAACAACGAUUUCCCUUUAUGGUAUUUUUGUCAAAACCUUUAAAACAAGAAAAUUAUUUUCUUCUUUCGAUUUGUGGGAGAGAAAGCAAUAUCCUGUAUGACCCGAUUUUCUGCUAUUUUGUUUUCUUUCAAAAACUGUUU